GUCCCGCUGUGUUUAACAGAUUUUAAACCGGCCAGGACUGUCGGGAAGCGCACUGUUUUUGGGCUGGUUGAUUAUGCUAGCAGUUCAGCUAACGUUAGCCUGCUAACACUAGCGUUUAUUCGAUUUAAAACACACGAUUUGUUUACGGUUUGUCGCUAAGGACGCUGUACUUUUUUAUUUUCUUGAUUUUCAUCAUGAUUGAAGGCUAACGUUACUAAGCGGGUUUUGUCCUUCUUUAUGCAUUGGUAUUCAGUGUCAGACAGACAAAACGUCUAGUGAGGCUGUUUGCUAAUGUUAGUGUUUGCUUUGAGCUAUGCAAGUAUAGGACGCCAAUUGUUUUCUGCUGCGGACAAACUCAAACUGGGGACAGUCAGCUGAAUAUCCUCUCCCAUCCCCCUUACCCCCUCUGUCAGAGCAUGGCUCAGGAGACCAAUCAGACGCAGGUGCCAAUGCUUUGCACUAUGGGAUGUGGUUUCUAUGGUAACCCCCGCACCAACGGCAUGUGCUCGGUCUGCUACAAGGAACACCUGCAGAGACAACAGGGAGGGGGGCGAUCCAGCCCUCCGGGAGAGAAAGCUGCUACAUCACCGGCAGGUUCACCAGGGUCAGCUGGUGUUACUGUGGAGAGUACAACCUCAGAGCCCAGUACAGAGGUGGCAGGAACCCCACCUGAGGAACAAACGACCAGUCCUAGCUCUCCCAGUCCAGUAACUCAACAGAUGACAGCUAUGAGCAUCUCCCAGGAUUCAGCAGCUGUAGACUCUGAUCGAGCGGAGGCUGAGGAGGGAGAAGAGGAGGGUACUUCCAACAGCACAGAGCCAGCGGGGGAGGCAGCACAGGCUUUGUCUGAUAAUGACCAAACUCCUGAUAAAAACAAGAAAAAGAACCGCUGCUUUUCUUGCAGGAAGAAAGUGGGCCUUACUGGUUUUGACUGUCGCUGCGGCAACCUGUUCUGUGCCAUUCACCGUUAUUCUGACAAACACGACUGUCCCUACGAUUACCGGAGUGCAGCUGCUGCCCGUAUACGCAAGGAGAACCCCAUCGUGGUGGCUGAGAAAAUUCAGAAGUUAUGAGGACUGAGUGAAAAAAGAAGUCUCUGACUUUGUGAAUUUGAACAAUGGUGACUUGGAUGAAAACACCUGAUAUCAUGGCUUCAUUUGUUCAUGGUAGUCUAAGACGGGCAGGGUGGGGUGGUGAGAUCGCAGCCACUGUCCAGACGCUUCCUUUACUAGCAUCUCCCUCUCUCUCCACUAGUGACUGCGGCUGAAACUGAGUGUUUCUGUGUGUGUGUGUGUGUGUGUUUGUGUUUGUAUGAAAGUGUGUGUGUGUGUGUGUGUGCGUGUGCGUGUGUGUGCACAUUUGCUUGAGAGUCGGGGAGAGAGCCAUAGGGGCUUGGUGGACAUUAGUGUUGCUGUGGGGAGGGAAGGCAUUUGAUUUUACCCCCUUUUUUUGUUUCUCAACUUGGGGGAUCGUGUGAGUUUAUUUUUAUACAGUCCCUGUAAGGUAGUUGAAAUGAGACAGGGGUAAGCUGUUAAGGAAUGUGUCACAGCCUGGAUAAUGACACAGAGCUCAAUUAAGGUCUAGCAAGUUUUUAAGGGAGGUUUCAUGUAUCAGCAAGACCUUUUUAAGGGCUUUGGAAUAUAAAUUUUUCUCCCAGACUGAAAAUGAUGUCAACUUCUUGUCAAAUUGGCUUCGUUUUUUUUCUUCCCACCUCUUUACUCUAUGGGUCACCACACAUUGAACUCGAAGUCUCAGCAUUUUCCAGAAAUGUUUCUCUUUGAUAUAUUGACUUAUCAUACUGAUAUUGGGUGCAUGAACAGUUAUUGGAGGGGGGCGGUAGGGGAGGGCAAGGCUAGGGGAAACUUGAGAACCUUGACUUAACUGAGUGAUUGAAUUCUGUGUUUUGUUUUGGUUUUUUUUCCCUGUUUUAAUGAGCGUAUGACAUCAGAAGAUCUAUAUUAAUAUAUUGUAGUUAGCUUGAAUUGUGUGAUUGCAUUCUAUUUAUUUUUUAUCGUUUGGUUGGUCUGUGCUGGAGGAGCUGUGCUGUGCUUGGCAGCAUGUGUCAGCAAAUCAUUAAGAUUUGCACUUAACCUUUUCAAUUAUAUUUAAGUAAUUACAUCUUGAUUAUAUAACUAUUGAAUAAAAAAUACACAAGCUCUGACACGGUGGAGUAGAGUCCAGUUAAGCUGUUACAACUACAAUUGUGCAGUAAAAUGUCCAUUGUUUUGGAUUUGGAAACAAAGCACAACAAAGUGUGUCGACUGCAGAGCACAAACUAAUGUGCCACACCUGCUCAGUUUUGUUCAGCAUCUGGGUCAUUUGCAGUUUAUAUUUGAUCUGUAUAGCAGACUCGCUGAAGAAAUUGCCUUCUUGUUCGAUUGAUGAGACUUUCUGUUUUAGUAAGGAGGUGUGUUCUCCUUGAGUGCCCUUUUCUGUUCUAUGGAGUCAGAGUGAAGCUCCAUGUUUCUCUAACCACCAGCAGACCACUGACACAUGCUGAAUGAAAACUGACCUGGGUCGCAGUUACUCUACACAUUGACACACCUUCUGCUCAGCUAAAGUAAAGAUUGUCGUACUGCUACAGAGUUGCGUGCUGCGCUUUUAAAAUGUGUUCAGAUUCAGACGAGUCCUUGCUACGAAGACCGCUUCUAGCUAGCUUCUUCUAGGAAGAUCAAACAUGCAUGUGUGCAGUGAAACAUAUGAGUUACUGUUUUGUAACUGACUGCACAGUUUGAAAUGAAGCUGGAAUGUUUCAAAAGCCACACAGCAGUAGCACAAUGCAUGGCUGGAACCCUACGGUUCAAGUUAACAGGACUCUACAGUUUUUUUCCAAAUGUAAAUACCAUAUGGCUCCUAUUCAUAUAGUAUAAACUUAAUGUAGAUUUUUGCCAGGUAUUAAAGGUGGGGGACUAAGGUGAAGAAUAGUACUAUGUGUAUUAAAGUGCUUUUCAUAAUUAUCCCCAAAAAAAGAACUGUGCCACAAAUAGCACCCCCACCCCUUCCCCCUUUUUUAUUAACAAGUUAUUUACCACAUCAUCUGCCCAUGUAAUGUCCAAAGUAUGUUCAGUAACUGGCUCUACCAUGAGUGUCUCCUACAGGCCAUGUGGCUUCUAUUCUACAAUACUAGUGAGAUUGUUAACAAGUCCCUAUAAGCUUUAUUAACCGCGCUGAGUAACACAGUAUCCCAGCCCAAGCUUUUAUGCUGUUACUGAAGCCUAGUCAUAGCAUAGCUUUAUUACUGAAAGAUAAAAAGGCCCCUUGUGAGAUGUAGAGGGACAUUUGAGGUAUCAUCAUUUCAUUAUCAAAAGCUUUCCUUGUAAAUGUUACUUGAUCUUGGUCAUUAAAUAUUUAUGAAGGAGCUGUAGAAAAGUUGCAAGGAAUUUGCAAAAUAAGCGAAUGCAGAAUGUGUUGGAUGUGAAUGCCGCUUUUCCUUGUAUACACAGAAUAUCAUGUUGGACGUGGUUUGAGUUUAGUUCCUUUGAUUGGAAAAUUGGCCUACAUCAGAAUUCCUGUUAAAGUUCUAGUGUCUAAAUGGCCGUGUGACUUGGCAGGUCAACACUGAGACUUUACUUAGCAUAAGUUGGUCCUCUAAAGCACCUGGCUGUGAUUUAAUCACCACUAGUGGAAAAUUUAAAUUCAGAAGGAGUUAAUGGGGAUUCUUGAGUGAUGAUUAUGUACAAGGAGAAUAAUUGUCAUAUUUAGGGGAACUUGUGGUUGGAGCAGCUCUGCAUUUUGGUGUUCCCUAAGGUGUAUCUUGUAUAUUCAGAAUAUUCACGCUUGCAUGCUGGAUCGAUGACCAUUACAAAAUAUUGUCACCUACAAAGUGCUCAGUUUUCCUUUUACAGAUUACAAAGCCCUUUACUUGCGAUGAUUGUUCAGCUAUGUAAAUCACAAGGAUUUCAUGGUUUGCACUUGGUAUUAUCUAUUGUCUGCUCAUAUCUCCCACCCCCUAUUUUCUUAAUAAACAUGAGCAGUCUGAAUGUAAACCAUAAUUUACAUAAUAAGCUGUAAUGCCAUUUAUCAAACUACUUGCCCUAUGUCUUUGGGCAGAGAAUGGAGGCCCAGUUUUUUCUUGCAUGUGAUUUUGGACAGUUGGAUCACAAAAAUUGUUUGACUGUUUCUGAUGAAGGACUUGGCACCAGCAAUUACCUGAAUAAUCUAGAUAUUAUCAGUACGUACACAUUUUUCUUCCCUCUGUUCUGUUGCUUUAACAGAGUUUUGAUGUCUUCAGUCCUGUCUUUAGCACAACCUUUCAGAGUCAGUGUCUUCAUCAUGCAUCAUUGAUAAUAAUGAUAAACCUGUCAGUUGUGAUGAAUCUGGUUGAUAUUCAGUUUCACUGCAGAAGUAAAAACAAAUGACGAUGACUUGAUUAAUUCUGUCUUUCAAGAUGAGUUUAAGGGACGUCAAAUGAAAUCUACAAUGUUCACAGAGCUGUAGUUCUUGUCCCUUGGCACUCCAGUACCCCAGAAACACCACCAGAUAUCUUUUUAUUUUGUUUUUCUUUAAAGAUUUAGGAUUGUAUGAUGUGUAAGAGUAGGUAUAAAACAAUAAAUUCACAAAGUUUAUUUUAAA